CCAGGACAAGCUUUUCCCUGAUCAAGCUCCCUGAUCAAACAAACAAAUAAAGACAGGACCCAAGGCCAAAAUUAUUUAAGCCUCUGUCCGGAUCACUUCCAGCCUGUGUUAAUAUUCUGAUCUCCACACCUCACUUAGCUUGGAACCCCUUACGAAUUAAGACAAACAUGCCAAGGAAAGAAGAAUACCGCAUCCAUCCCUGGGGCUGGGAAAACGACCCCGAGGAAGAGAGCAUUAGACUCUCUACCCUUGAUUACACAUCCGCUUGCGUGUAUAACAAUUAUGCACUCUAUUUCAAACUUGAAGAUGGGGCCGAUAGGGAGAAGGUUGCUAGCAUCCUGAGAGAAGGUCUUGAGAAGACUCUUGCCCAGGCUAGACACCUUGUGGGAACCAUCGAAAAGAACGACCUUGGCGAGCACUCCUUUCUCAAGAAGAAGGACAGCACAGUUGGGUUCAUCGUCCAAUACCUCAACACGCCCGAGGAUGACUUUCCUUCCUUCGCCGAGCUCGAAAAGGCACAGUUUGUCUCUUCGAAACUGGGGGACAGAAUCCCAACCUUGAGCUGGCAUGGCCUCACAUACGGCGAGAGCCCAAAAUGCCACCCCGAUGCCCAUCCGUUCAUGUCGGCAUUCCAAGUGAACUUCAUCCCGGGCGGACUGAUCUUCAACAUGCACUCUCAUCACUACGCCAACGACAUCAUGGGCUGGGCCGGCUUUACCCACCAGCUUGCGGAGCACUGCGCCGCUAUUGUGAACCAGACUCCAGCCCCUGGUUGGGACCCGGAGGCUGUUCAGCACACUCGGUUCGUGGCGCCAGACAUCGCCGAGGAAGACAAGAUCGACGGCCCCCCCUCUCCUGACCGCUACCCUCACCACGAGGCGGCAGCGCUGCUGCUCCAUUUAUCCAAGAGCAAGGCCGCGGAGCUAAAGAAACUAGCCACCCCUCCCGAGGGUGGCUGGAUCUCGACCUACGACGCAUAUGCCGCCUUCCUAUGGCGCUAUCUCUCCAAGCACCGUGCGACCAUCUACAACCCUGCGCCUCAGGAGUCCAGUCUAUGGGGUGAAGCCGUGGACAUGAGAAGGCGACUUCGCGAUCCCGUCGCGCCGAAGCGGAUGCAGAGGAACGUGUUCUACGUGCCCGCCUCGGCCACCUCGCCGACGCAGCUGACGAACGCCGAGGUCAUUUCCGAGGCGCCCCUAUCUAAGCUUGCGCAAUACGUGCGCACCACCACCACCGGCAUGACCAACGAAGCCCUCAACAAGGCGCUGGACGCCGUGGCGCCCAUCCGCGACAAGGUCGGGCUGAUCAUCCGGAUCGACUCCCUGCCGCCCAUGACGCUCAUCAUGACGGACUGGCGGGACACCGAGAUCUACGAGGCGGACUUUGGCUUCGGCAAGCCGAGGGGUUUCAGACACCUGUUCGCGACGAAGGUCGACGAGGGGCUGGUGAUCAUCUACCCGCCGCGCCCGACCGGCAACCCUGACGAAGGGUGGGAGUUCAUGAUCCCGUACGAGAAGCAGCUGGUCAAGCCGCUGAUCGAGGACCCGGAGUUCAGCAAGUUCUUCGAGUUCAGGGGGUUCGAGAUGGCGGAGGUGGAGGACGUUGCAGCGCCUUAGAGCGGGAAUCGGCGCGGUAAAUUUCCAUGUUGGGCUUCUCUGGAUAGGUGCUAGUAGGUUGAGAGUAUCCAUGUAUGUGUACCUAGUUAGCUUUAGUCCGCGUUGUGCCAAAAUAAUACGGUUACAUCGUCUGCCAUAUCAACUGGAUCCUUACCCUUACGAAUGCGAAUCACUCCAACUAGUGUGGUUUUUAAGAAUCGCGGGCCGUGCUGUCUUAGAUCGAUACCUACCUUAACCUAGACAUCCAGGUAUAUUACGCUUUGACAGUCAGCACGUUUACGUCUAGGAUUUGCUUUCCUUCAUCGAUAAUCCGAUUCAGCAGAGGUCCCCGAUAACUACCGGUAGUUGUCGAGUCGUGGACAGGAAACUGGGGUAGCUAGUCCCUCCCGUUUCUGCUUUUCCUACAUCUUGUUUC